GAGAAAACAGGCAAUGCAGCGCAACAUCUGACAUCAACCAGCGAGCAACCGUGCGGCUAGCGUAUCCCAAAAUCUGGCUCAUCAUCGCCCGUGUCAACGCGAGCAGCGGGACGACGCCUUGACACAAGAUAUGAGGAGAGGGUGAAUGAGCUGACUGGUAGAAAGCUCACCUGUUUGUGCUGUGGUGGUGGUGAUGAUGGAGAACAUCGAGGAGCUCUCGCCCCUUCGCAUCACCCCUACAGUCCGGGCUCUGAGCUCCGCGCUGCGGGGGAAGCGUGAAGAUGUCCACGGUUCCAGCCGUGUAAACGGUGACAGGGUAUUCCCUGAACCGGAGAAGCUUUGGUUUAAGGAGAGCAGCGCUAAAAAUCUACGAAACAGGGACUUCUUGUCGCCGACCACGAUGCUUAACACGCUGUACGCGGACGGACAGGUCCCUCCAGCAGUGAUGUCCAGAGUGCUGUCCCUUCGUGGUAGUGGGGUUCUCCCUGUGGCUGGUGGGGAGGUGAUGGGUGAAGGUCUAAGGGUACGGGUGGAUCGGGCUGCCACAUUCAGGGCCGUUCUGGGGGGUGGAGCUGCAGAGUACCUGAAGCCCUUGAGUCAGAGGCAGGGCUGUGUGGUGCUCAACUGCCCCGCACUGCACCCUAAGCCCAACACACCCAGUCCUGACACAAUGAGUUUAGGCCAGCUGAGGACUGUUCUUCUGGCUGACCACAUGGGGGCACUGCUGAGAAGACAGGGAUAUGCCGUGUCCUUCUGCCCCACACUUCCUGAAGACAGCGACAUCAUCAGUUUCCUCCGAGCUCUGGGAAUUGAUUGGCCGACAGCCCCGGCUAAUUGGACGAAUGAAGAGCGGGAGGAGAAGAUUCAGGACUCGCUAGAGAAGUCUCAAUACAGAGAGAGGGAAAUGGAGAGAGGCAGGAGAGCUAGCGGAGGGGGAGGGAGGAAAGCAGAGGAGGGAGAGAACGAAGGAGCACUCAGGAUCAACCUGAAGCAAGUUUUUCAAGAGGAGGGGCUGCCGGGAUACGACCCCAGCCUUGGCACCUGCACGGUUAACAGAGACGGCAUUUCCCAAUUGGCACAACUGGACCUAUCCACAGCUGACUGCACAGCAGCCAUGGUAACAGCGUUGCAUGUGACUUCCUGUCAAGAUGAGUUCCGCCAGCAGCAGAUAGCAAUGCUGUGGAGAGCCAGCGGAGCCAAACACACACAGAGGCAUCUUGUUUGCGGGCCUGUGAAGACUCCUGGUUCACACCUGACUGCUGCACAGUACUUGCAGUUGAGAAGAGGUCAGAUGAAAGAGGCCUCCGAGAUGAAGUAUGGAGAUCAAGUAGAAGGUCAGACGUGGGAUGACAUCAUCAAGGUCAUGACCUCUGCUACAGUCAGAUUCGAGCUGCUGUCGACUGUCCACACUAGUCCUGUGACGCUGGACGUCAAGAGGGAAGGCGGUGUGUCGACCAAGGGGCCCAGAGGAGGAGUGUUUGUGAUGUAUAACUGCGCCCGAUUGCACACUCUGUUCGAAAGCUACGAGAGAGGAGUGGAGAAAGGUCUUUACCCAGAAAUCCCAGAGGCCUCCCAGCUGGACUUCUCUGCUCUGAAAGAAGAGGGUGAAUGGCUUCUCCUGUUCAAUUACCUCAUUCCAUUCUCGGAGCUGCUUGAACAAUCGGGACAGGCUCUGGAUAGCGAAGGGGGUGGAGCCAGAGUGAACAUAAAAACUGAACAAAUCUGUAAAUUUCUCGUGUCGCUCAGUAAAGACUUUAGCUCCUACUACAACCGGGUCCACGUGCUGGGGGAGCCACUGCCUCAUCUCUUCAACCAAAUGUUUUGUCGUUUGUAUCUGCUGAGAGCAUUGAGAGAGCUCUACCACAGCGCUCUGGACACCCUUAACCUUCCCCCCAUCAGGCAACUAUAGCCCCGACAUAAUUCACCCACCCUUCACUGUUGGCUCUACCUCCCUGCCUUCCCUACACACACACCAUAUCCAUAUCUAUUGUGUGUGUCUAGCUGACACCUUUUUUGGCAAUAUUAAAACAAAUUAUGACAUUUCACUUGCCCACUGUCCCGCUUCUGCAUUUCCCUGUCAGUGUAUUGUGACAUAUUCUAACUGUCUGGUUAUUUCAAUGAAUAGUGUAACUACAAUAUAUAAAGUGGACCCUGUUCUGUUUUUUCUGGGCUGAAAGAUUUUCUUGGACAAUUUGAGCUGCUUGUAUGCUGUAAAAGAAAUAUUUUGACAUUUGGGUUGCUGCUUAUUUGCUUUCUUACUGACUGAUGAGAAAUUCUUCCUUGUCUCAAGCUGUGUGCCUUUGUACUUAGAAUCUCUUCACACACUUACAAAUACAGCUACAGAAGUGCUGCAUAAUUACCUGUCAGCAUUUCAGUUGUGUCAGUCUUCGGUACAUAGAAAAAGGGGCGAUGCCACUAACCAGCAGUCAUUCACAGUGAUGGCAUGCCAAUUGCUAGUUAGCCAGCAGCGGCAGCUUUUUUUCUGAUGGAUAUGGUUUGGUGUUUCUUGGAGUAUAUGCCUGUUACAGUGUCAUCUUGACUGUAAGAAAUUUUGGCAAUAUAUGUGCGGUCAGAAGCUUGCAAAAUAUAGCUGCUAGCAGUUCAUGUUCUUUAACAUAAAAUACACACUACACCACACUAAACAAGUACUUAAGCAAUGUUCCCUCUAAUUUUUCAUGUGUCUGAGCGAACACACAAACUCCCUGAGCGGUCCCUUGGACCACUGUGAGCAACAGCAGACGUGUGCACUGUGGUCACGCCAGCAUCGAAUCCAUCCAAGUCACAUGGUUUAUUAAAAUAAUGAAAUUACAGCAUUUACAUUUAUGUUAGACUACUUUUAAUUAACUGCUUUAGCGCACUUACAAUGAAAAUUUAAAAAAAUCUUGUUCAUGACCUGUGUAGUAUGUUAACACCAUUGGAAGUAAAAAUAACUUGAACUCCAAUUUUGAAAACAUAACUUUCUUUUUUAUUUUUAUUUUUUUUUAUAAAGCUCUGACUUGUAUUACGAGUAUGAGUCUGUGGUCUGGGAGAGAGUCCUUUAACUCUCUGUCUGCAAAAUACACUAUAUAAUGACCAAUGCUGGGCAAUUAAUUAUAUAGUUACUUCUUCAAAAAAAGUAACUGAGUUAUGCAAACAACAAAGUUUUUUGCAGCUGUUUACCUAAAAAUGCAGCCAAGGCGUUUUUUAAAUAAACAUUUCAAAAUAUUUACAGAACAAUCAGCUGUUCUGCAUCAAAUUUGAUGCCACACAAAUUAUUUGUGCCACUCCAAAAAAUAAUUUCUGUCCACUAUGAGAUAAAGGAGAACAACAGCCUGAUACCUGCAGGCCUGACAACAGGAGAUGUAUCACUCCUGUAACACCUGUAACAUUCAGCAGUCGCCUCAUUGUUCUGACACACGCAACAAAACUAUUGACUACACUACACACUAACUACACACGAUUUGCGCUAAACGUCGCAAAUCUCUCACAUCUCAAAACACCGCUGUCACUCCUAAAACUUCCCUCUUCCUAAACAACUAAAUGCCAUGUUGCCAUAUCAUUUUUUUGAUUGGUCGACAUGGUAAAUUUUUCCACCAAUAGGAAAGGCUGGGGGUGGGGGGCGGAGAGUGCUUUCGAGCGUUUUCCCUAUAAAACGCCGUUUUUACCGUUUCUUCCUGCAGUAAAUAUAAACAACGAUAGUAUUCAGGAAGAAAACCAAACAUUGCAUAUAUUUUUAUCAUAACUCUGGUUUUACGUGGCCUAUCAACACAAUUUAAAAACUGGUAUAAAGUCCACACUUUUUCCGUCAAUUGUUCCGUCUGUCCUGCUCACAUCUCCAAUGGUUGUACACGUUGUCAUUAAAGUGGCUUCACGCCACAUCAGCCACACCGCUUUGCUAGCUAAAACACCGGUGUCGGCACAUGAGGACGCUGUCAUAGCCUGUCAGUGACUUUGAUUAGCUGCGUAAAUACGAAUGUGAAUCGCAUUAUUGGCUGGACUAUGGGAUAAGGUGGCAUCGUUCUAAUCCCAUACGGGAGCAGCCAGUCACUUACUGACUAACACUGCAAAACAGAAUUGUUAAAGUUUUAAUUUUAAUUUCAAUUCAGGUUAGAUUUUUUUUUUUUGUGCGCAACGCAGAUUUUCUGUGCACAGAGCUCCAGCAGUGCGCAACUGCGCACGCGCAGCUUAGAGGGAACAUUGUACUUAAGGUAUUUAGUAUACUACACUAUGAUAUACAUAAUAUGCUACGCAAAACAUAUUGCUUGACACCCUUUGGAUGUAUAGAAAUUUGAAGCUACUACAGCUAGUUAGCUUUCCACAGCUAGUUAGCUAAUUAUUUUAAUACAACGAGUGAGAAAAGAGCGAGCCUGGCUCUAAAUCAAGAUAACAAAGUCCACCUAUGAAUUUUUAAAGUGUGCUAAUUGGAACAUUAUAACUUGUUUGUUUCAGUACAAAAACUUGGCAUUAAGCUCAGUAUUUGGAAGGGGUUGGAUGGUUUCCUGGAAACCUCCAGUUGCCUGGAGACACGAGUAAGCUACUGGUGAUAUCAGUCUGUUGGGGUUUUUUGUUUGUUUGUUGUUUAUUUUAACUCUCAAUGAGAAAGCAAGCAAGCACAUUUUCCCAUAAUUUCAGAAUGUUUCCUUUAAUUUUGGUUUUGUUACUACAUGAUGGAGAAAAUGUCUUUCCCUUAAGCACAGCAGGCGUCAGGAUCUAAAUCGGUUAGAUUGGCAGAGCUGGGAUGCCCUUUUGAAUCUGCUAACCAUAAAUUAAAUGUAUUUGUCCUUUUCACAUAAUAAUCCCCAAAUCUGAAAUAGCCGGUAGCUUUAAUUUAUAUUUGGUGCCAAGUUAUAAUUAAGGUGUUUGUCUCAACUGAUCUGUAUUAAGACUUGCCUUAUUACUUAUUACCCGUCUACUCAAUGUCACCAACAACAGUUAAAUCCUCUUUAGAACACAUGUAACUGUUUAGUCACUGCCUAAAGGAAGAAAAACAAGUUUUAUGAGUCUUCUCCAAAUGUUAAAGGUCCCCAUUCAUGGAAAUCUACCACCUGAUAUUUAUCAACACUUAGAAAUAUUUAUUGUCAUAAAAAAUAGAGAGAAAUGUACAGAAUAUAUAUUCUUCAUCUGAGUCUUAAUCACUGUGUUCACAUGAUUAUUAACCUGCUUGACAAAUCACAGAUGUUACUAUAAAACAGCUGUUUCAGACAGUUAUGGACAAACAUAAUGCAUCGUGUCACAAUCUUAGGACAUGCAUGAAAUGGCAUGAUAACAAUAUGUAUGACUUUUAUGCCAAAAAUGCUAUUUGUAAAUUUUGGGAGUGAAAUGAUAAGGAUCUAACACUGAUCCCUCAGUUUUUGUUGUUUGUGACCAAAAAAUGUGCCAUAGCAUUUUUUUUUAAAUUCUAUGAUAGUACAGUCCAGUGUUAUUGAUCACAAAUAUCUGACAGAUUUACUUUUCACUGCAUGAAAUGUUGUUUGACCCUGUAAAUGUAUGAUUAAAAAAAAAAAAAAAUCUUUUCCGUUAGUUUUAUAUUUUCUUUAGAAAGCGGAAUGAGACGUUUACAAUGUGUUGUUUUUAUUUUAGUAGCUGUCCUGUUAGCUGCUGCUGUAAUUACCACAGUAUUAAAGCAGAGGAUCUGCAGAGAGACUGUCAUGUUUUCCUCUUACACUCUACACUGCUGCACUGCAACAAUGUCUAAGCAGAACUAUGCUGACUUAUAUUAGCUUUAUUUUUCUCUUGCUGCCAUGUUUGCUGCCUCAGGCCCCAACACCUGACCUCGGUCGCCCAUCCUUCAUUCUGUUCUCCGUCUUUUAUGCCGACUCCCUGCUUAUAGGCCCUGUUUGUUAUUUUAUUCAAGGCGGUAUUAUACAGUGUAGUCGCACAAAUAGUCCAAGGACUUUCACGUUAUUUUUCCCCAUAAAAAUUUUGACACGAAGGCUUGUUGACUGCAAACCAGACAGCUAUAAAGAUGACUGCAGAAUUGUCAGGAAUGCAGUCAAACACUAACUUCAUCUGUUGAAUCUUUUGAUCAUGCCAAGUGAAAUUCCAUCUGGAGACCUUGCUUUGCAUUUGCUGCAUGCAUUAUUUACAGCCGAGCUCCCACUAAUUCCCCUCUAAUGAAAAUCUCUGCACCUCUGACCCUUAAGUGUAUUUGUCCAUCUGAAUGUAAAUAACACUGCCAAACUCUCGCCUACACACAUCUGUGCACCCACAGUUUGUGUGUGUUUUUUCCCCUUCUGCAGACUUAAAAAUAAGCAUGACAGACUCUCUCGCUGUAUGUUUGUCUCGAGCUUCAGUGUCUGACAGAUGGUGAUACUGAUACUGAUGUUUUAUAGAUAAAUCCUCUCGUGCUCUGCUCCCCGCUGCCCUUGGAUUCAACAAUAACUCGCUCACUGCACAGAUAUGUACACUUCACUGUGUGCUGCUAUCAGUGAUCCUUCACUGAGGAUACAACCCCGCUAGUGUCAUGUGUAAUUUGUCUUUUUCCCUUGUGUAGCCCCCCUCUCCCUUUUGCUGAUCAUUUAUUUCCUCUUCUGACCCUCAUUUAUAGAAGAAAAGCGUUCGUUAACUCUGACUCAAGCCAAACCGAUGGUUUUAUUUGCUUUUAUGAAAUAGUUAUUGAGUCUGCAGUGCUCCAGGAAAAAUAAGACACCAUCUUGAUAUUUUAUAAGUAAGGCCCUGUGCUUUGUUGAUACCUUGCGACUUUAACCCCGCGCUUUCUUAUAUAUCUCUGCUGUCGAUGUAUAGCUGUAUACCUGUGUACUGUAAAUGAUACACAACUCUGUCAUCCUUGUUUUGCUCAGUAAACUGGUUUGAAA